AUGAAAUCUGAACUUUAAAGAGAUUAAUCUGCUAGUACUUGUGAGAACAAUAAUAGAUAUAAGAAAGUUCCACAUAAAAAUGCUAGAAGAGUCAAAAUAAAGGAGUCAAUAGAACUAUAAGAAGAUUUAUCAAAACAUAUUCGUAAAAUAAUGAAUUUUUCAUUAUCUGAAUAAUUUAAUAAAGUUUUAGACUAAGAGAAUAAUGAAAUAUAUUAGGAUGAUUGUUUUUUAAAUCCAAAAAGACCAGAAAUCAUAAAUAAUAUAUCAAGAAUGAAAUAGCAUUUUCUAAAAUAAUAUCAAGAUUAAUUUAUCUUUGAAGGAAUAUAAGAAAUACAUAAUCAUAAACAUGCAGUUUCUAAUAUUUUAUAUAGUGGUUUAUCAGCAUCAGCAUUAGCAUCAGCUAAAUGGCAUUCUGUAAUAGCAAUGAGAAGAAUGAGAGCAGAACGACCUGAAUGUCCUGAAUUCAAAGAAUAUCCUUUAGAUAAAGAAGCAAUAAUAGAAAUUGAUAAGACAAAAAGUAUUAUAAUAUAUAAUUUAAAAAUAGAUAAAAUAAAUAAUAAAAGAAGAGUUUAUUCAGAACAUUAAAAUUUAAAUGAAAAAUUAUUGUUAGAUAGAUCAUAAUCAUUUAAUAAAUAUAUCUAAAAUAUUAAAUAAUCAAAUGAAAUUUAUAAAGAAAUAUAUGGUUAAAAGAAGGGAGAAUUUGAUUUAAUUUUGGAAUUUGCUAAAAAAUAAAAUAUUAAUGUAUCUUAGGCUGAAAAUGAUAUUUAAUUUAUUAAAUAAAGACAAAAACCUAUUAAAUGUAUGACCUAUCAUGAUAAAAGAUAAUCAUAAAGAAUUUAAAGAAGGAAAUAUGUAGAUGAUGAUGAAGUUUAUGGAGUGAGACCUAAUAAGAUAUCACCAUCUGGAGUUCAUCUUGAAAACAAAUUGAUAAUAUGA